AUGGAUGAGUAUAUUCCGAUGAUUGACGCCAUCCUGAGUGUUUCAAACCCCGAUGAGGUCAGUGCGAAGAGGAUUAGGAAAGCGAUUCAAGAGUUGUUUGCAGUAGACUUGGAGCCGCAAAGGAAAAAAGUGAAUGCCCUGAUAGUGGAACGAUUCAAUGCGCUGCAAGAUGAAAAGGUGAACAUGACAAAUGAGCAACUUACUAAAAGUGACGCUGAUCUUGCAGCUGAGAUACAAAAAGACAAAACUAGUUCCAAACGUUCAAAGAAUAAACCGGCAAAGAUCCAAAAGAAGAAGAGAAAAGUAAGCGAAAACGGAAACGGAAUCAAUACACGUAAAGUAAACUUGAGUGAGCCCCUAAGAGACUUUUUGGGUGAAGCAGAGCUCGCAAGAACACAAGUUGUCAAGAAAGUUUGGGACUAUAUCAAGGAGAAUGAACUUCAGAAUCCUGAGGACAGAAGAGAGAUUCUUUGUGAUGAUAGAAUGAAACCAAUUUUUGGGGACAAGAUGACUAUGUUCUCAUUAAACAAGAUUCUUUCCAAGCACUUAUUCAAUCCUGAAAAGAUGACAAGCAGUAACAUCAACGAAAAAAACAAUGAAAGCGAGCAUAAUAAAGAUACCGAGGAAUCAAGUAUUCCGCCCGAUUCGGUUUCCGAUGCUGUCAGCGGAGAAUAG